AUUGCUGAGCAUACAGGAAGAAUUAAAUAACAAAAAAUCCGAACUGGAGCAAGCCAAGGAAGAGCAAACACAUACACAAGCGAUGCUUAAAGUCCUGCAAGAACAGCUAAAAAGCGCCAAGGAAUUAGCAGAAAUCAAUGGGCAUGAUGAAUCUCAGGCAAAUGAAAUCAAUGUAUUGACAGUAGCAUUGGUCAACCAAGACAGAGAAAAAAAUUCAGAGAAACGAAGCCCGGGUCUAAAAUCAGAGAAAGAGGCACUAUUAAUAGGUAUCAUAUCCACAUUUCUUCACGUCCACCCUUUUGGAGCCAAUAUAGAAUAUCUUUGGUCUUAUAUGCAGCAGUUGGACUCUAGGAUCUCUGCAAAUGAGAUAGAAAUGCUUUUGAUGAGACUGCCACGCAUGUUUAAACAAGAAUUCACUGGUGUAGGAGCAACAUUGGAAAAGAGGUGGAAGUUUUGUGCCUUUGAAGGAAUUAAAACUAUCUGACUGUGACUAGUAAUGAAGCUAUGCAGAAGAAAAAUUCCUAGAGCAUGGCAGGGUUAUAAAGUAUUAAAGUAAGAAAUUUGGGUUUGGGCACAUAGUAGUAUGUUUUCAAAGUUAUCCAAGCCUAAUUUUAGUUACAUUUGUGAUGUUCUCUUGUGAGUGGAAAUGUAGUUGUGCACCAGUUCCUAAAAUAAAAUAAAAUUUAAAAAAAAAAAAUUCAAAAUGUGACAGAUCUGUUUCCUAUGAAAACUGAAGAAAGAUACCACAGUCAUAACGAUUUCAAAAUACUACAUGUCCUACAUCUAAGAAAAGCUCAUUGAGCAAACAGUAAAGGAGAAAGAUUGCCCGGUUAUGGUCGCUAAGCUAUAGCGAUGUAUGUGUAAUAUGUAGUAGAACUCAUUAAGUUUCGUUAUUGAAAGUUUUUUCUGUUUAGUAAGAAAACUGAGUAAUUUUACAGUGAGGAAAAGCAUACCAAAAGAAAACUUGAAGAUGUAUCUGAAGUUAUUGUAUUUUGUAAAUUAAGUUAUAUGCUGUACCAGGGAUUUUUGCCUUAUUGAAAGAGGCCUGAAAAUGUGAUUGGAGUCCUCAAGAAUGCUUUAUCAAGAAUAUUAUUUUUCUAAUGUAACUAUUCUCCAUUACAAGUUCUUUUAACAUGGAUUGCAUAUCAAUUUUCAUAAACAUGUAAAUAAGGAGGAAACCAGUGUUACUGUAUUGUAUUUGGUAUGUAACAUUCAGGUUUAUGCAUCAAAAUAAAUAUUCAGUUGCAUUACUGUUACAAAUUUUAUAGCAGAUAUAUUAAUUUUUAUCAAUAAAUAUGACUUCUACCA